UCUACAGAACAAUUCACACUGAUUGCCCUCUUCGCUGUUGCUCUCUUCCUCUGCAAGCUUCUCUCACCACCGGCGUCCUCGUCCAUCACAAGAACCCUCAUUUCCUCCAUUUCCUCUGCAAACACUGCACCAUCUCAAUCUCCAUUUCUCUCUCUCUCCCUCUCUCUCGUCCCGACGCCUUUGUUCGGAAUCGACGCAGACCCACGCUAUCGCUGUUUCGUCCGGACCUGAGUCCGCCGUAAGAGGAGGUCCCGUUCGAGACCACGAUGCUCGGAAGCGCCUCUCCCUCGAAGCCGUUCCACGGCGUCCGCUUCGUUCUUUUCGGCUUCGAUCCCGACGGCCGACGACAUGUUUUGUCGAAGCUUGUCGAUGGCGGUGGGGUUGAUGCCGGUGAAUACGGUCCGAAUUGCAGUCACGUGGUUGUUGAUAGAAUUGUUUACGACGAUCCCGUGUGUGUUGCUGCUCGAGAAGAUGGCAAGGUAGUCGUCACUGGCUUGUGGGUCGAUCACAGCUAUGACAUUGGAAUGCCUGUUGAUGCUUCAUCGAUUAUGUACAGACCUCUGAAAGAUUUAAAUGGAAUUCCUGGUGCUGAAAGUCUAAUUAUGUGCUUGACUGGUUAUCAGCGGCAAGAUCGAGAUGACAUAAUGACAAUGGUGGGGUUAAUGGGAGCACAAUUUUCUAAACCCCUCGUGGCAAACAAAGUCACCCACCUUUUCUGCUACAAGUUCGAGGGGGAGAAGUAUGAGCUUGCAAAGAAAAUAAAGACAAUAAAGCUUGUUAAUCAUCGGUGGUUAGAGGAUUGUUUAAGGGACUGGGAAAUUCUUCCAGAAGCUAAUUAUAGCAAGAGUGGCUAUGAGUCGGAAAUGGAGGCAGAAGCUAAAGAUUCUGAAGAAGAGGCUGAAGAAAAGCAACCUAUGGAAAAUGCUGAAUGUAGAAGUCCUUUUAAUUUGAAGGUUGGGAUCUCCAGCUCCUCUGUGCCUUUGUCUGCAGCUAAAUUAUCAAAAGCACCACUGGGUUUAAAUGAAAUGGAAGGUCAAUCAAGGGCUUCUAGUGCUAAGUACUUGUCAGUUACUCCAACUAAGCCGGCAGAAAGCCCAUCAGUCAGGAAUGACCUUAAUCGUCCUUCGAUAUCCAUUUCUCAUGACGUGAGUCCUUUACAAACUGCAACUUCUGGUAGUCCAACUGAAGUGAAACAGAAAACUCCUGCUUUGAACAGUAGCAAGGAACCAUGUGCUUCCGGAAGUGUUGAGUCAUCUGAGUUUGAUGCUAAGCAUGGUGCCUUGAGUUACUCAAGGAAAACUCCAAGGAGAACCUCAUUUCCUCUGCAUGCUGUAGAGGGAUCAGCUCAUGCAAAUUCUUCUCUCAGAAUACAUCCAUGCGAAUUAGAUGGUGAUAUUGAAAACUCAUCCUUCAAAGCCAAAGCCAGGGAUGAUGUUGGUAAUGCUUGUAUUCAAACUCCUUCACAAAAUCUGGAGGCAUACUCUGAAGAGUCAAAAGGUACACCUGCCCAAAAGACGCCUGAAGUUUCCCGGUCCCAAACGAGUUAUUAUGAAAAGCUGUGCAUUUCAGGGAACCCUUUAACUGGUAGUAAAACUGAAGGAUCCGAGGCAAGAGGAUUGAUUGAUCAUCAUGGUGGAGCUCAUGAUCUUUUAUAUCCAAGAAAUGGUGCCCAUUGUACAAAUGAACCUGCUGAUGUGAAUUCUGUGGGGAACAAAUCUACAUGCAUUUCAACAAACAAGUCCAACAGGUCUAAUGAAGUAUCAGUGGCAAAUCAGUUGCCUUUCGCAAAUAUUGUCAACGUUGAUGCAGAGAGAGACAAGAAUGAUGGUGAGAAGAUAGCUCAGACAUCUUCUGGUGGACCGGGAAAACUUGCCUCAGUUAGCCCGACUGCCAUUGGACAAACUAAUGUUGAAGAGCCUAUACAUCAAACAGGAGAAAUUGGGAAGCAACCUUGGCUACCACCUGCCAAGAUUUCAACCCAGACACACCAGGCAAUGGAUGUUGAAAAACCCUCUGAAAAACCUACAAAAUUUGAUUUCCUCGAGAGGAGUGGUGAUAAAGUUGCUAAAACCCCGUUGGGGAAGAAGGUGGCUGAAAGGAAGACUUUGGGUUCUAAGACCAAGGUCAGUAAAUCUGCCAACACGAAAGGCUCAAUAUACCCAAGAAAGGCUGCUUCCUCAACUGAUGCAAUGAACUCUUCAAAUGGCAGGGACAACAUAGUUAUUUCUGACAAAUCUCCUGACAAUCAUGUUGAUAUAGCUCACGCACAAAAUGGUAUUGCAUUAUCGGAGGGGCUGAAGGAUAUUAUGCAAGAUGAGGAUGGCAUUAAGGAUAUCAUGGAUGAGGAUACCGAGGCCCCUGAGGACAAGGAUGAUCAUGCUUUGGAGGAAGCAAUCAAUGAAGGAAAUCCUGAUGGAUAUCAGUCGAUACAAAAAGAAGAUGUGCAUAUGGAGGAGACUUCGAAUUGUUUGGUGAAGGAAACAAAUAUCUCUGGUGAUCACAUGCCUGAUGAUGCUACUAAAUCUAAAGAAGGUUCAAGCUCAGAAAAAAGGGAAAGGACCUAUGGAAAAACUUAUGGGCUAAAAAAGUCAAAUUUGAAGGCCGCAAUAGAAGGAAAAUUUAUUAAAGGAACUAAAAGUUCUUCUGGUAAGAAGCUGAAGACGGUCCCUGAUGCUAAGGGGAAAAUGGAAUGUAAUGUUGGCUUGGAUGGCCGAGCAUCAUCUCUUCCGCACACUGAGCGAAGGGUGGAAGAGCACAAUGGAAUCUCAUGUUCUUCAGGCAGUGGUAGGAGCUGCACAGUGAAAUCAAACAAAUUUGAGAGCUCAAUUGAAGUGGAGAAAGAGAACCAACCAGUUCUUAAUGCAGAUCAUGGUAUAAGUCAGGGCAAAUUACAAAAUUGGAAAUCCUCUAUUAAUCCCAGCAGAAUGAAUCGGCAAAAUGAUGAAGAGGCUCGAAAAAACUGUGGAAACUCAGUAGCAGCAGAAACUCUCAACAGAAAGAGAACUGAACCUGCGUGGUUCAUACUGAGUGGACAUAAGCAACAGAGGAAAGAAUUUCAGCAAGUUGCUCGACGUCUCAGAGGGAGAUUAUGCGCAAAUUCCCAUAAAUGGUCAUACCAGGCAACACACUUCAUAUCUCCGGAUCCUGUGCGCAGGACUGAGAAGUUUUUUGCAGCUGCUGCUUCUGGAAGGUGGAUUCUCAAGCCUGAAUAUCUAAUUGCUAGUAGUGAGGCGGGAAAGUUUCUGGCUGAGGAACCUUAUGAAUGGCACAAAAAUGGCCUUAGCCAAGAUGGUGCGAUUAACUUAGAGGCUCCAAGAAAAUGGAGGCUUUUAAGGGAGAGGACAGGACAUGGUGCCUUCCAUGAGAUGCGUAUAAUAAUUUAUGGUGAAUGUAUCACACCACCUCUGGACACUCUGAAGCGUGUUGUGAAGGCUGGAGAUGGGGCUAUAUUAGCAACUUCUCCACCUUAUGAUCGGUUCCUUAACACCAGAGUUGACUUCGCCAUCAUCAGUCCUGGGAUGCCACGAGUGGAUGUGUGGGUCCAGGAAUUCCUGAAGCAUGAGAUACCAUGCAUUGCGGCAGAUUACCUAGUUGAGUACGUGUGCAAACCAGGAUACUCACUCGAGAAGCAUGUGUUGUAUGGCACACAUGCCUGGGCAGAGAAGUCGUUUACGCGACUGCAGUCAAAGGCAGAAGAGGUGGUGAACUUGACACCACCAGAUGAUGGUGGAAGCGAUAUAUGUUGCCAAGUUUGUGGUUCUUCUGAUAGAGGGGUGGUGAUGCUCAUAUGUGGUGACGAGAGUGGUUCAGUUGGUUGUGGGAUAGGCACUCAUAUUGAUUGCUGCAAUCCUCCAUUCAAAGUUGUUCCAGAAGAGGAUUGGCUUUGUUCAAGGUGUAUCCAAAGUGCAAAGAAAACUACAAAAUCUGCUCCAAAAAGGAAACGUGGAACUGCGUCAUAAAGGUACAAGUGAUUAACUUCUGUAAAGUCUUUGAUCUGUCUAAAGGCGGAACAUCUGUAAAUUUUUGGGGGUGCAGGAUAAAAGUGGUAAUGCCGGGCAUAACAUAUUCCUCCUAAUAAGUGUGAUGCUCUCUGCGCAACUUGACAUAAGGAUACUCACGGGUUUAUCUUGGGAGUUCGAAUGUAUUGGAUUAGUGGCUGGGGAUUGUUCCCUUGUUACUGUUGCUCUUUUCAAGUGCACUCCGGUUUUAAUGUAGUCAUGUUGCAGAGAGAGUGACUACUCUUUUAGACUUGCUUUUGGAUAGUCAUGAAAGUCGGACAUGACCGUGGAUUUGUUCCUU